GUUCUGAUCUCUGAUGUCAACUAUAAAUGAAAGUAAUCUCCUACCUAGCAGGACUACAAUUCCCAUGAUCGCAGGACGUACGUCGCCCGACGUUGCAAACGAUACCAUGGAAACCACUCAGCCACAGCAGAGCGGCUGAAUGCGUUAACUCCUCUCUCACAAGAGUGACUGCUGCUCGGUGUAGAAGGGAGAUCAACUCGACUGCAGUUCUUGUUGGAAAAAAUAUCAUUCCACUCGUGACGCGUGGUUUCCCAUGUUUUGUUUUUGGUGGCUUUUAGCUGGGUUAAUGGCUUAAUUCCGCUGACUGUUACACGACCGCUUUCGAAUAUCUUACAUUGAAGAAGAUGCUGGAGUCAAUUAAAGUUACAGAACAACUUCACUGGCCAGAGGUGGAUUUGUCUAAAAAGUCCGUCUUCAACUCUGCCAAAAGGGUGGCGAGUCCAACCCAGGUGUGCUUUGCAACCAUUCCUUCCCCUGCUCUCGAGGACCUCCUGCUGCAAGCCGAAGAGGAGGAGCAGAAGGAGAAGGAGAAGGAGUCCCAGUGCAAGAAGCCGAAGUCCUCGAUGAAAGGUGGGCUGGCGCUUUGCAAAAGAAACCGCGUGAUCCUGGCUCAGAAACAGACCCGUAGUCCAGAUGGGGGUGAGAAGUCCGUCCAGACAAACUGUGUCCACUCGGACAGCAACUGCAAUCUUCUGAAGCCGACUCUGAGCCUCACAGUGGUGGGAAGCAAGAUGGGACUGAUCCCCCGCACAGCUUCACUGCUCAGGAAAACCCCCAGCCUUAACGUCUAUCGUCCUCCACUCCAAUCCCCCUACAAUGCAGCCGCCUCCCGGGAGGCGGAAAACACCAAAAAGCUCUGCAUCUUCACCGCCAUCAAGCCGUACAAUGUUGACAGAGAGAAGGACAAGUUCUUCAAGUCUGACUUCAACUACAACCCCCAGUUUGAGUACAGCAACCCCGCCUCUGCAGGUUUCCUGGCACGCCGUAACCAUGCCUCCAGUCGGUUCCUCGCUCAGGCAGUGAACAUCAUGGAGCUGGCCUUGAAGAGAUACGGCAGCUAUGAGAUGUUUGAGCAAGUCACUGGUGGGAGCCUGCUCCCCAGGAGUCGGAUCUGGAUCAACGUGAAGAGAUACAUGGAGAAGGAAGGCUGUGUGGGCGAGAUUGUAGUCCAGGUGACAGAUGACUUACUGUCCAGAGCCUCGAUGACAAUGGUGAACGGUCAGCCCACUAUGACCAUCAACACGUCCACCGCGCGGGAGCACUGGCUGGAGGGCAUGCUGAGGCAUGAGAUCGGAACUCAUUACUUCCGAGGCCUCAACAACUGCCAGCAGCCAUGGGGCAGCAGCAUGGGGAGGAGGAAGCACAACCUGAAGCCUCUGAACCCAACAGAGGAGGGCCUGGCCAGCAUCCACAGCGUUCUGUUCAGGAAGGACCCCACUCUGUGGCGCGCCGCGCUGCUCUAUUAUACCGUCUAUCAGGCCAGGCACACGUCCUUCACUCAGCUCUUCCGCAACCUGGGACGCUUUGUUCAGGACCCACACACACGCUGGGACUAUUGCGUCCGUGCCAAGAGAGGCCAGACCAAUACAGCUAUGCCAGGGUGCUUCAGUAAAGACCAGGUUUAUCUGGAGGGCAUACUGCAGAUCCUGAGAUACAGAGACAAGAUAAACUUCCCAAUGCUGAUGGCUCUGGGAAAGGUGUCAUUUGAAGAUGUGGAUCGUCUGGCACCUCUGGCUGAGAUGGAGAAGGUCCGCAUCCCACAUUUCAUGCAGGACCAAGAAAAAUAUGCUGAGCAACUGACAAAGAUUAUGGUGGUCAAUCAGCUGACAGAUGAAGAGCUGAAGACCCUCAUCUAACCCAGUCCUCCUCCUCUUACUCAUCUUCUUCCUCAGUCCCCCAAUAAAAGCUGCUGUGCUCAGCUCCUGCC